GUUUACUGUUUAUGUCAUUUAAACAAAACGUUAUUUGCUAUAAGAAGUAAAACGUCUUCAUAUUAAUCUAAAUAUUUUCCACAAAAGAGGACAAUUUGGAGUCAUUAUAAUAUAUUUUAAUUCGUUGCCUUUUUGUGAUAAUUCUUUUAAUUCGAUAUGGUUAUUUUAAAAGUUAAACGUGGUGAUGAACACCUUUUUCUAUAUGAAGCAUGUAUUACUACUGAGGCCACAUCAAUUAUAGGUGAUAUAACUGCCAUUUAUAAUGGGCGUUUAAAAAUAUAUCGUGUGUGCAUGGAAAUCGAAGAGUUAAGUGAGCACGGCCCGAUGAUACCAAAUGAAAUGAUGGGUUUGACUGAUGAGCAAAUUGUUGAGCUAAAAUUGGAAGAUAUAUGGGCUGAAAAGUGUGUUCCUUCUGGUGGAUUUUUAUUUAACAAAGAUCCAAUGGGCCGUCGUAAUGGACGUCAGCCAAAUGAAAAAAUGCAAGAAGUUUUAAUGAAUGCCGUAAAAGAUGCAAAAGAACUUGUUGAUAAGAAAUUAGUGCUGGCUUCGAAACCACUUACAUUGAAAAUUGUAUCUGAGGCUUUAAAUAUAUUGCGUGGUGCUGUUACUAUUGUUUAUCCAAUGAAAUUACCACCGAAUGAUAUUAUUCGAAUGGAAUUUAGUAACACUGAAGAUCUCAGCGGAACACAAGCUUCAAAGGAAGUUAUUGAGCCGUCGAAGGCUCAGUUGUGGUUUGCCGGACGACAAGUUUUGCCCGACAAGAAGUUAAGUGAUUAUAUGGGUACUAAUGAUAAAACUAAGGUUGUUGUUAAACUUAACUCAAUUGGUGAAGGUCCUCCAGGACGUGAACCGGUUCUUACCGAAGAUAUUCGCCGUAGAAUGAUGGCUGAUGCUUAUCGCAGACAGGAAGAACUCAAGGUAAGUGAAAGAAACAUAUAUUAA